AUGUCCGAGAUCACAGAUGAGGAUAUUUGGGAGCUCUUGGAGGUUUCUGGAGCUGCAUCGCGACGGCCUUGGAGUUCAACGCGACUCCGAGGCAAUGCCCAGCGAGCCACUGCUCGACCGGAGUCAUGUCGAAAGACGGCCCCCUCGGCUCCUCUGACCGGAAAAAAUCCUACGCCUGGGUCGAGACCGCGAGUUGAAAAGCCUUUCUCUUCCAAUCCAUGUCAACAGUGUGUGAUAUGUGGGCGAGCAAUAAAAGCUGCUAUCCAAGAGGGUGAUGCUUGGAAAAGCUUUCACCAACCACUGGAAAUGGAUGAUAGUAAAUCUCAGCUUCAACAUGCUGAAAAGUACCCCGAGAGGGAAUGGAUCGCCAUCAUUCAUACAUGCUGUUGGGAGGUUGCCUGGCAUGUUAUGGGCCGUCCAAGUCUUCACUGCUCUCUCGUCGAAAGUUUUAAAUCCCAUAUCGUCAACUUGAAACCUUUUAUUCAGACCACACCUUUUGACUGUGAGACGAACGAUGUCGAUCACGAGCUUUGGAUAGAAACACCAUCUGACGCCAGGAUUGAGUCAGGUGAACAUCAGAAAGUCCGGGGGAUAUUCUCUUCUGUCUACCAAAAAGAUCUAUCAUGGAUCGGACAAAUCCCUGGACCUAUUCACUUAGAAGAUGUUCACAAUAUGGACAAAUUCCUUGCAUUCUGUCUGAUGAAAGGGAUUCCAUAUCAGUUGGCAAGUGACAAGAAUACGAAUGUUCGACCUCAUCUUGAGAGAGCACUGCAGAGUUUUAAGACCAGCAGUCCGCGGCGAUUACCCAAGACUUCCAACUUGAAAAUCGCAUGGGAUAAUGCAAAGAGUGCCUGGGAUGCCUUUACAACCUGCCCUCCACCACAAAUCUUGCCCCUUGAUCCUGAGUUGCCUGGAUUAAUAGCCGUCAGAAAAUUCCGUAUACCAGCUGAGAGAUGCCACCGUGUUCAAUUCGCUUUCACCUCAAACACAGGGACUGGCAUAUCUUUUGAUCCCGCCAUGAGUCUUGCUGCAUUCUUAUUUGAUGGAAAAUUGGCUGGCUCACAAUCUCCUUCUGCAUCAAAAAGAUUUGCCCUGAGAAUUCGUUCUUUCAGGGGUAUUCGAUUCGCUCUGGCCAAAAACGACGAUAUCACAGCGGUUCGUAUUAAGGAUGGCCAGAGGUGGAGCGUAUGGUAUGGGACACCCCAAUAUGGAAGCAAUGAUGUUGAGCACGAAUGGGAUUAUGACAAAAAAGACCUCAUCUUCAGUUAUGAUCGUUCCGGUGGGUGUAUUUGUAUUUCCCAUAUUAUGACCGCUAUGUCAGAGUUGGAAUGCCCAUGA